ACCAAGCUAUGCUUUGUGGUUGAGACCGAAACUGCUCGCAGCAGUGGCCAAAUGACCUUAGCGGCCUACCGGUUCCUAUCUGACCAGUUGGCCGCUGUGAUCACCACAUCCGGGCUGGUUAUUUUCUCACAGUCGCAUGUGUUAUACUCUCAUAUGCGUUAAAAAACGAGGUCAAUACAGGAUCCUCAUAAAUAUGGGGUAAUCAGUUUGAAAAACACCGACAACUACGCUGUUAUGAGGAAAUUGCGUCUUUCAGAGUUAUCAAACGAAAAAUCAGUCAGUCUCAAGCGAAAGCAGGACUUUUCAACUGUGACUUUUCUAUGACAUCGCAAACCUAAUCGUGUCUAAAAUAAGGAUAAGUAUAUAUAUGGCCAUGAUGUUUUCAAAAUCCUCCUCUUCUCAACGACAUUUAGAUCUUGUAAUUAUAAAAUGUAACUGAAUAUUCAAAGUUCGUUUACGAAGUUGAUGUUAUGUUUUCGCAACAACGAUUCGUCUGCGAUUCCACUUAAUUCGAAAGUACAGUUAUAUAACCGGUCUAAAGCGAGCUUUUUCCGGGGAAAAAUUCACAGUUUGGCUGCAUUACAACGGAGUUAUUUUCUAGGCCCUUCGUAUCCACGUAGCUGAGUGAUAAAUAAAAAACGUGUUUGGCUUGGUGUGGAUCGUAUCCAACCAAAGGUCAAGAUUAGCAACCUUGAAAUAUGCAAAUAACAUUAUGCAUAACGAGUAAACCGGUUCAUCCACUGUUGCACCUUUCACGUGAAGGAAGCGUGUAGGGCCUUCUAGAUUUGCGAUGAUUCAAUGUAGCGAAGAUAUUCAUUGUGGUAGGGAUUUCGAGGAUUUGAAGCAGCAGAAGUGUUGCUUUCUUUCCAUCAAUUAUUUUUUAAAGUUGUCUGAAAUGUUGUCUGAAUGCGAUUUAGUGGCUUUAUCUUCGAUGGAACGAUUCAUGAGCAAGUAGAUUUUGAAAUAGUUACAGAAAAUUUGAUAGAGAAGCUGGGUCAUCUUGCGGCAGAGCAGUGUAUGCAACACGGAUUUCUUGAAGGUUUCAAAGUCAAGAUCUUAUUUCCAACUCAGCAGAAAAGCAGCAUCAACAAUGUAUAAUUCAAUUGCAUCGCAAAACUACUUAUUGACACUGGCGAUUGAAUAGGAUUUAGGAGACCUUAGGAUAGUCAGUCAAUUCGAUGUUUAUGUUUAUGCCUAAUAAAUAUUCAAGAAUGGAGAAAAACAACCUCAAUGCAAGAGGUCGCUUUCCUUGGUCAGCGUCGACAGAGCUACAAGGAUUUGCAACACGCUUGUUUCGCAUUCUAUUCUCCGUGGAGGUCCUGGAAUAUUUAUCUGUAUACUUGUACGAAAAAUUGUACUCUCAAAGGGCAACUAGAAACUAGUCCAGCGGUCUAAAAUGGGAAUUAAGCAAAAUUAUUCAACUGUAUGCAACUAAACAGGUAAUUGACAACUCUGAGCAAGUGUCACGAGUUGGCGAAGGAAACAACAGCAGACUAAAUGCUCCGCAUUGAUUUCUUCCUCGAAGCAAUUCUUCCUUUGCAUUACGUGAGAUAACUCAUCAAGCUUUUUGUAAACUAGCGCCGAGAAAAGACUUUCAAUGGUGUGACUCUAUUUAAAAGUUCUUGCAGCAUAAAUUACCCUCAUUAGCAUAAGAAAACAAAAAAAAUUCGCUCGCCAAGUUGAGCAAGGCGAAUGCAACGGAUUGAAAAUUUGACGAUCUAGCUUCCUACAGAGUCAGAAUUCGUGAGCAUCAGUACCCUAGCUUUAAUUUCUUUAAAAAGUUAGAAUCAAAAAGCGUUUUGAACCUGCAGGUUGUACAACUUGAAAAUAAUUUUUGGUAACAGCCGGAAACUUGCAAAACCGGUCAUGAACCCGGCCUCCAAACUUGACCGACUUGCAUGGUUGCAGGAAAAUUUUCGAUCAAAACCUUGAAUCGGCAGUCGUUGGCCGGUACACUUCACACAGCUUUUCGAAGAGGGAGUUUCGAUGGAAGUUUGGUCAAAAAUCGAGUUGAAUCGACGGAAAAUGGUCGAAAUUUUCGACCGACCCUUUUAGCAGUGCGCCGUGAAUGUGUCAGCCAAGAGCACAGCUGACUUGGAGAUCGGAUGGAGGGGAAAGCGCUUCGGGUACAGCUCGAACGAAGAGUCGACUCGUGUUGGUCGUGGGUAGUAUGUUUUUCAUCUUUCAUCGUUCAGUUUUUAAUUCUUGGAACUCACAAUUCAUUCGGUUCAUUCUUUGUGGCAUUGUUGGGAGAAUUUCAGCGAAGUGAAGCCGAGACUGCAUGGAUUGGCUCGUUGGCCAUGGGUAUCACAUACAUGGCAGCUCCAAUUGCUACCAGCCUUUGCGACCGCUGGGGAUGCCGGGUGGUCAUGUGUCUUGGCAGUGUGACUUAUAUGGCAGCGAUGCUUCUGACAUCAGUCGUGCAGCACAUGUCACUCAUGUACAUUACAUACGGUGUUUUGUUUGGUUUUGCAUCCAGUUGUUGUUACUUCUCAUCGUUUUACAUCCUCAUUCUGUAUUUUAACAAGCACCUCGCUCUAGCUAAUGGAAUCGCCGCCGCUGGCGCCGGGGCAGGAACAAUGUCCUUGAGCCUGACGGUGGACAAGUUGAUCACCUCGUAUGGACUAAGAAUCACUUUUCGAGGAUUAGCGGCAUCGUCCCUUUUUCUUUUCUUAGCUGGACUAACUUUCCUACCAAUUGACUUCAGAGAAGGAGAAGAUGAGUUUUUGAAAAAGGAGGCACUUCUGAAAGAACAAGAAGAGAUAGAAAUAAAAGACAACUUGAUCAAAUAUAUCAAAGAACUGCUGAAGCCUGCUCCAGUGUGGGGAAAUAAGGCAUUUGGCGCAUGGACCGUGGCUUUAGCUAUGGUUCUCAUUGCGUACUAUAUUCCCUACAUGUACCUGAUUCGUCUUGCAGAGAGUGUAGGAAUACCUUCAGCUCAAGGGGCCCUUCUGGUUGGUUACUUUGCCUUGGCCCAAACAGUCGGCAAGAUCUUCUUUGGGAAGCUUGGGGACUCAUCCCGUGUCAGCCGUUUGACUCUUACGCAAACAGCUCUUUUGGUCAUCGCCGUGGCAGCAUGUCUGUGCCCCUUGGCCCAGUCCCACACAGCCCUUCUCACCUACUCCAUGGUGUCGGGGCUCUUUGAUGGGUGCCUUUGUGUGAUGAUCGGUCUUGUUACCCAUGACAUCGUGGGCCGACAGAUGAUGGCAAAAGCCGUUGGGACUUUGUAUGGCAUCGUGGCGAUUCCAAUGACAGUGGGACCUCCUAUGGCAGGUCUCCUUUUUGAUAGCACCGGCAGCUACAACAUUGUCUUCUUCCUUUCCAGCGGUCUCGUGAUUGGUGGAAGCUGCGUCAUGUUUCUCAUCCCGAUUCUAUUUCCCGCCAAGCCAAGCCGACUGAAGGUCAUUACUCCAGAUAUCAUUUUGUCAAUGCCAGAUAAGCUGCAAGACAACGAUGACAUAGGCCUCCUCGAGGGCGAUAAAGCCAAAUUAAGAACUUCCCAUACGUCCUUUAGGAGCUUCGCUAACGACUUGGAGAUCUGCAGGAGUCGCUCGCUAUUAGACAGGACGCCGAAUCUGAGGUCUCGUCCAAGCAGUUUUGUGCUAUUUUCAAUCGUGCCGGAAGGAAGUUUCAGAGAUUUGUCACAGUUAAAUGAACGAUAUUCCAACAGCAGAGAGGCAAGCUACGCGUCUCUAGUAAGACUUUCAGAAAUAAUAGUCGACAGCCGAGUCAGCAGCUGUGCUCGGUUAGAACCCGUCGCCGAAGCCGAGAUUUCGGAUUCAGGUUUGUCUCCCGAGUUCCUUGAAGUAAUAAAACCACAAACACCUGUGCCUGAACUGUACGUUACUGCAUCAAGGUCAUGUGAGUGCAUUAACGAGUCUAUCAGCCAUGUCAUGGCUGUAGAUCUAAAAGUAGACAGUGCGCCGGCCAAAAUUGUCUCCCAAUCCACCGAGAGUGGCUUUGCUUCUGAAGAAUCUGUCGCAACCACAUGUGAUAAUGGUAUCGAGCUUAUUUCGUCCAGUUCAGAUUUGGAUGAAAAACGCCUUAGUGGUUACUCGUGGAAUUCAACUGGCAGUGACCUGUCGUGUAAGACUGAGUGUUCUGAGGCUGGCACCGAAGACAGUGGAUACGGUGACGAGUCGACGCAAGUACACUGUGUUGCGGAAGGCAGCGUGCAAAUAGAUGUUCACAGGAAACCUUCCAUAAACACUUGCGUCUCCAAAGAUAACCUGCAACCAGACUUGAGACAAGAUAAUGGCUAUUGCAGCUGUGAGUCUUCGCUAGAUGUACGAAAGAGCUACACUGAGCUCACUGGCAGUGAUGACGAAGCGGUUGCUGAGCAUGCGCAGAAAGGGCUCUUUAUUGAAAACGCAAGCCAUUCAAACUUUUACACAGGAGAAAAGAAGAGAAAGGUUUCGGAGGUGUCUCAUUGCACAUGCGGAGAAGACGAAGAUGACGCAGUCAACAAGCUUAUUUCAGACGCCAAAGAAAUAAUUGAACUCAAAAAGCCUUACACAUCGGAGUUACCUCAACCACCAGACAUCUACAGUGAGUUGUUCGAGGAAGUACUGGAAGAAGUCAAUGAGUAUGUGGAGAACUUCUCGGAAUUAACAGACUACCAGGGCACAAUGAAGAUAUUACCUAAAGUAAGCAUGACAGAUCUAAUAUCUUGUGAACAGGAAACAGUUAUUUAAAUUAUGAACGAGUAGAGAAGAGGCUACUGGAGAAGAGCACGAGCGCUGAGAAAAGACUCGGCGCCAGGCUUUCAGAUUACAGAUUUAGAGAAAGUGAGAGUAUUCUAGAACAUGGUAUUUCUCUCUUAAGACAUUUAGGGGCUUACUGCAAGCCACAACGUAAUUAGCUAUUCCCGUGCUAGAACGUUGUUUUUGUUUAAUGUUACAGCGGAAUGCAACAGAAGUCAAUUUUGAUUGUUAAUCUGUUAAGUGUACCUGUUGCCAGUUAGUAGCAAGUGGUAGAUUUUUUGUCGUCAUUACCUGCUUGACGUAGUAAUUCAGAUUUCAAUUCUAUGGAAAAUGUGGCGUAAUGCUUUUGACAAAAAAUUUAAUCAGAAAAAUGAAUCACAAGAAAGCUUUCAAAUGACUUCCAGUGUAUGCGGGUUUUAUUAAGAAGCCCUAGUGGAUCGAAGGUGUCGUUUAACGGCCGAAAUAGAGAAUAAUCAAAUGAUAGAUACCCUCUGUUAAUCAACGGAGAUCCGAGAGACAAGUUUGAAUCACCUCUCAUGGUGUGGCAACUAGUAACCCAUCCCCCCUCCCCUCACCAGCGCACUAUUUGCUACAUGUUACAAACUGGUAAUUACAAUGUAACCAGUAAUUAGAAUGGGUCAGAGAGUAUUCCCUUGUAACAGAAGGAUAAUCUUUUACCUUACUCAACUAAUUUAAGAGGCUGAAUUUCCUUUUAUAGAAUGCAUAUCAAACAGGGCUGACAAGUCACAUUCCUGACACCAGCCUCGAUCCCAGAAUCUUUCUCCUCUGUUGAAUGGCUUGAUUAAAAGAAUAGUGGAAGUAAAGGAGAACUGGCCUGAAAUCGGGGCUGUUCUGGUACGGAAAAUUUAGGAAAGGCUAUGACAAUUAGGUCAUUUUUGUCAUUGUUGUUGUUUUAAAGAUAGACACAACUGUAUGCUUGAUGAAAGUAAAGCCUGUCUAGCUUUCCUAAGAAGCUUGCCGCAAUUUUGAGCGUACAAUAAAAGAAAAGAUUUUUUUAUAUAUUUGGUAAUACGUGGGGUUGGAUUAAAACUAAAUUAUAUUUUAAUGGUAAAAUAUGAAGUAAAUAUGCUUGAGAGCUUUUUAUUUUGUCAAUCAAAAAAUGAUAUAUCUAUAUAAUAAAGUCUGUCUAUGGAGUAGUUAGAAGCUUCAGUUUUUGUUUAUAGGGUUAUGGUUAACGAAAAGAAGCUUUGAAGAAACGGGAGUUUCGGUAUAUUUAUUGCUUUAUAUAUAACUCAGUAUAUGAAACGAAUCUAAACCUUACAUCCAAAUAUCAGUUCACUCAAAGCUCUACUUGAAUUAGUUAGAGUAUCUGGAGUAAUUAUUUAAAGGCAGUGUUGCGAAAUGUAUUUAAUGUGUUUUGGGACCCAGUCAGUGAAAAUAUAUAAUUAACUGGUUUGCUAUUUUUGAAGUUGGUGAACCUAAUUAGGAAACUCUUCUAUGAAGAGUUUAGUCUAAGCCAGGAAAUAAAUUAUGAUUGUUUUGCCGUAA